AUGCUCGGACAAACUUCUAGGUCGGCCGUACGCGCCAUAGGACCGCGCUUUCCCCGCCAGUACAAUACUCGUUUUCUCAACUCUCGCUUUCAAUCCACCGCAUCCGGAUCCGCCUCGUCUGGUAGCAGCCCCGCUCUAGUUGGUGGUGUCGCUGGUGGCACCGUUGCUUUCAUUUCGGGCUACUUAGUGUACUAUUUCUCUGGCACUAAAGCGCUCGUUGACACCAACAAGCAAGCCAAGGUGUAUGUCGAGCAACUUAAGCAAAAGCUCUCUGAGGCGGCACCCGAACCCAACCAGGCGUAUUCGUGGUUGAAAAAUACAGCCAAUGGCUAUGCUGUCUUUAUCCCUGGCGCUCGCGGCUACGUCGACACUGCUUUCAAAGACCUGGACCGCAUCAGGGACAAUCACGCAAAUGAAUUUGACGAAGUGGUCAAAGAUGCAUACAACGAGUUGAAGGAUGUCUCAAAAAAAGGCGACUUUGAUACCGAGACGGCUUUCGAGGCAUUCCACGUUUUGCAAAAACAUCUUAACCGACUCUUCGAUCUAGCCGGCGAUGUUGGUGAGGAUAUCUUGAACAAUCAUCCCCAAUUGAAGGAGAAGGUUGGCGGCAGCUUUGACCAGCUCAAGAAGAUGGGUGAUGCCUACGGGCCACGCGCCAAGGAGGAAGCGAACAAGACCUGGGAGCAAGUCACCGACAUUGUGAAGCGCGGGGCUAGCAUUGACUCGGUUGCGGAGAUCAAAAAACUGAUCGAUGAAAAGAAAGACAAAUUCCAAAAGCUUGGUGACGAAGCAUGGCAGAAGGGUUUCGAAGAGUCACAGCAAUUUCUGGAUAAGAACCCGAAGGUGAAGUCCUUGGUAGAAGACAAUGCCGAUGCUUUGAAGAAGGGAAAUUUCCAGGAGCUGUGGAAUCUCGUCAAAGAGAGCGCUUCUUCGGGAAAGACGGACGAUGUCGAGAAGUAUGUUAAGGAGAAGGUCGACCAAGCGAAGAGCAGCGGGUUCGGUAAUCUGGACAAGUGGCUGCAGGCAAUUCCCGGCGGUUCCAAUAUUCUUCCGCAGUUGCAAUCACUACAGAGCGUUGCGGAGAAGAAGGGUAGUGAGGCGGAGCGCAUCGCCAAGGAGACUUUUGAAGAGAUUCAGGAAGUGUUGAAGAAGAGAAAGAAGGAGGUUGAACAGCUUGCCGAGGAGGGAAAAAACGAGAACAAGUAA